AUGUGGCUUGCAUACCACACUUGGCCGACACUUCUGCAGGCAUCUCAGCUCCAGUCUUCAUCUGCCAAUCAUUUCCAUGUUUCAAUAGGCACUUUCUGGCCAUUUAGAGUGCUUGACAACAUUCAGAUUGCCUUCAUUCACAGCACAUUGCUACAGGAAAUCCAGCGACAGCAUGAGAAAUCCCACACUCACCUCACAUCGGUGGCAUCUACCACUCUCACUGUGACAACUAACCACUUUCUGGCUAUAUCUGACAAACACACUUCGAUGUCAUCAACGACAGAGCCUUAA